UUUCCCCUGCUACGUCAGAGAUUUCACUUUCGUUUAGACGAGAUAUAAAUUCCAGAAGUUUCCCCGACAGUUCAUUAUCUACUUUGCAAUGAUGUUGGCCCUGCAUGUUCUCCUUUUCAUCUGCGUCUCCAGCAGGGUUGCUGUCAGUACGUCGCUAGAAAUACAAUCUUCGUGUGGUGAGGACUCGGUUCUGAAAUGUGCAGCUACUCCAAAACCAGGAGUCCAGUACAGGGAUGUGAGGUGGCAUAGGGUCAGCACUGAGCUGCCAUACGAGGCCGUCGGUAUGCUGACAAAACAACUGAAGAACAACAGCACAGUUCAAAAAUUCCGUGGCUUUGAGCGUACAGCGCAACUGUUCUCAGACUCACUGGACCUCCUCCUCCCCAACGUGACUUCUCAAGACAGUGGGAAAUACCUUUGCUUUCUUGCUGCACCUGUUGGAGAGCAAAAUAUAGAGGGACUUGUUUUCCUCAAAGUUUCUGGUUGUCCCAUAGAAUCAGCACAAAAGGAUGUAUUGUUUGAAGUGAUUGUCUGCGUGUCGCUGGUAUUGGCACUCUCGAUGUGUUACAUAUGCUGGGCCUGUUUGAAGAAUAUAUCAAUUCUGAAAAGUAAAAAGAAGGGCUCAGCACAUCAGACCUUGAAGGCUCCUUUUCAGAAGAAAAACCUAAAGCUGAUCUACACUCCUGGCUUGGAUUCUCUGGGGCCCUCGUCCUAUCACCAUGUGUGUGUGUGACCCUUCAGACCCCACCAUGGAGAGGUGAGAACUGCCCAAAUGAAGAGGGCAAGAGAAAGGACAACGCGUAUGGAAAAUAAGCUCCAGCUACUGCCCGUCGCCUUUGCGUUCAGGGACAGGCUACUUCAUGGUCCAAAUUCCCACAUGGACUAUAUGUGUUUAUUUCAACACUAUUUUGUAAUAAUAUACAACCAAAUAUCAGUGUUUGAAGCUCAUAUAGGGCAGCCUGUAGCGUAGUGGUUAAGGUACAUGACUGGGACCCGCAAGGUCAGUGGUUUGAUCCCCGCUGUAGCCACAAUAAGAUCCGCACAACCCUGCAUUGCUCCAGGGGAGGAUUGUCUCCUGCUUAGUCUAAUCCACUGUACAUCGCUCUGGAUAAGAGCGUCUGCAAAAUUACAUGAAUGUAAUGCAAUGUAAUGUUGUAAUGGAAGGUCUGCGCUAAAUUGCCCUAUAAUGGGUUGACAUAGGGGGCGACAUGGCUGAGGCAGUAAGAGCAGUCGUCUGGCAGUUGGAGGGUUGCUGGUUCGAUCCCCCGCCUGGGUUGUGUCGAAGUGUCUCUGAGCAAGACACCUAACCCCUAAAUGCUCCUGACGAGCUGGUUGGCGCCUUGCAUGGCAGCCAAUCGCCGUUGGUGUGUGAGUGUGUGUAUGAAUGGGUGAAUGAGAAGCAUCAAUUGUACAGCUCUUUGGAUAAAGGCGCUAUAUAAAUGCCAACCAUUUACGUUUCUGCCUCUUUUACAUUUGAAGAUGUAUUCUAUAAGUACAGUACAGAUAAUUGUUUAGCAGAUGGUCCAUUGCCUUAUUAGCUGGGGUAUAUGAAAGGAAAAUCAGAGACAAAAUGAUCUUUAGAUGAACAGCAUGCAUACAGUAUAGGAAAAAAACUGAAAUGGGAACAUAUUGUUUAUCAGUUUUUCUCAAACCACCAGUUUCUAUUGGAAAGCAGGUUUCAGUUUUGAAUGAAUAUACCAAUUCAAUAUUGGUACUGUAUAUUCAUAUUAAUUUUGUUAUCUUUCACAUAGCACAAAUUGGAGCCUUCUUUGUCAAGAUGUGAUAUUUGUACACAAAGAUUCAUUUUCAGUUCAACUUUAAUGGUUUUGUAUGUUUGGAAAAUUGAUUACUUAGAAUGUAUGAAAACGUUUGUGUGUUUAGCUAAGAAGGCAAGUGUUUUUUUAUGGAUUCUUGUACACACAAUGUAAAUUUAUCUUCCUUACCAGCUAUGGAGAAGCUUAAUAUACACCGCAAGUGUUAAGCUACAGAUAAAAUCCAUUAUUCUUUUAUUGUGAAAAGAGAAUAAGGUAUUGUUAAAGCAAUGUCUUGAGUAGGGGUAACUUUUGGGUUGCUCAGAAUUUUCCUGUACAAAAAGGAAACAAUUUACUCAAUAUUUUGUUCUAUAUGUAUAAACAACAAAUAUUUUGUUCUUGUUUCUGCUUUACAAUACUCCUAAAUGGAAGCCAUAUAUUUUUGUCAUGGCUUGUGUAAUGAGUUCUUCAUGGACACUAAUGCAAAUGGAAAAGCUUCAGCAUUGUUUUCAGAUGCUACAUAUGCAUAUUUUGUGUUAUUUUAAAAUCUAUUAAUAAAGUUAAUGAAAGUGUUUCUUAUUGGUUUGCAUAA